GUUUAUCAAGUUGAAAUAAAUUUAACACACAUGCAUUCAUGAUUUCUUUCGUCACUGUACGGUUACAUAUUGUAUUAGUCAGUGUCAGAACAUGCAGGAAUAUCGUGCAUGUAUGAAUAAGAAAAGUGCUUGUUAAAAAGUUCAGCCAUGCCUGCAUCAUCGCUUGAAAGCAACAUUAUUAUGAAGAAUGUAAGGAAUGUUACAUCGUUUCAGCCGAAGUCAUUUUUGGAAGAGUUUGCAGAGAGAACUAAUUUUGCACUUACAUUUAAUGGCAACAAGUUCUUCUUUAUGAUAGCCUGAGUACCUUCUCCCCAGUGACGUUGAACUGUGCUAAAUUCUGAUUUCGUCGUUGCAAUUGUUAAAACUUAUACUAAUGUUGAGUGAAGCGUCUCAAGGUUACAAAUUAAUUACUCUUGUGUUAAUUGUACUCCUGAUUAUCUGGCUGAUAAUUCUUGCACCUGGUUCAUAUUUCUUGAAUUCAGAGCCAGAAAACAGAUUGAUAUCGCCUGGAAUAAAUGAGUCGGUACUCUCAAACAAAUAUGAUUCAUGUGCUAAUCAAUCUCAGUUAGCUGCUAUCCUACACACAACAUAUUCCACUCAGACAAUAUCAGCUGUUCAGAAAUAUCCCCUGUAUUUCAGUUUAGAGGAAGAAAGGCUGAAACAGCUGUAUGACACAAUAAAAGGAGAAAAGAAAGUGAAGAUUUUUCUCAAUUAUGGAAAGAGAACAAUUUUUACACCUAUGAAUUUUUCCUACUGUCAUGCGAAGGAGUGUGAUGUCAUUAAUGAAAUGGAAAGAUGGCGAGAGGCUGAUGGAUUAAUACUUACAGCGAAUGCACUACCAGAUAGCAUACGUCCACCAGGACAAUUAUGGUUUGCGCUCAUACAUGAAUCUCCUUUACAUGUCUCAGUGGCAAACUCGCUGACGAAUGAGGUGAACUUUACCAUAUCUUAUCGUUUCGACUCAACAGUUUAUUCUUCGUAUGGUUAUUAUGAGCCAUAUAUCAAAACUCACGGACCGGAGACUAGAUAUCCACCACCGUCUCGUAAUUUUGCGGCUGGGAGAUCUAAGAAGGUGGCGUGGUUUGUAAGUAACUGCAGUCCGAAAAGCCCUAGAAUGACAUAUACCAAAGAAUUAUCUCAACAUAUACCCGUUGACAUAUACGGUGCGUGUGGCACGAAAUCGUGUCCGAAGAAUAAAGCAACAUAUUCUUCAACACCUGAAUGCCUAACCACGAUUCAUGAAAACUACAAAUUUUAUUUGAGCUUUGAGAACAGUUUGUGUUCUGAUUACAUAACCGAGAAACUCUACAGAAAUGCCCUUAACAACGAUAUACUUCCUAUUGUGAUGGGAGCUUCAAUUGAGGAAUACGAGAGGGUUGCUCCACCAUACUCCUUUAUUCACGUCGAUCAGUUUGAAUCACCAGCAAAACUCGCAGAAUAUUUGCAUUACUUGGACAAAAACGAUACUGCAUACAAUGAAUACUUCGCUUGGCACGGUCAUGGUAUUAUCCACGACUGGGAUUCACAACCACAGUGCGCCAUGUGUUUACUAGCACAUACUUCUCCCCUGUUUGGACCGUAUUGGGUUCCAGGAGUAGCGAGAUGGUGGAAUAGUGGAUGUGACGGACGAAAACUGCGAUGGACACCGUAAUUGUAGUCGAAUGCUGAAAAAAACACAGAUGUCCUUUGUUUUGUGCUCUUUCAAGUGAGCAAACAUAUCUUGUGGAUGUUUACUUUUUCUGUGCAAAUAAUUUCAUUACACAUCUUUCUUUGAUAUCGUUGGUGAUAAAAAUAGUAAAAUUCGGCAAAUGCAUAACGAAUAUUUUAUCAAGACUAUUGAAAUCUCAUCAUCACUCACCUUCUCCAAUUUAUGUGAGAAAAUAUUUUUUACCGAAGAUUUUCUACUUCUCUUUUGAUAAGAAAGAGACAGUUAUGUACCUAACUGGUUUUUUGUAUUACAGUCUAUCUUAACACUAGACUGUAUUAUUUUUAGAAAUUAUCAUUGUACAAUACCCACAACUGUUAGCAAAGAAUGUAAAUGAAAACUGUUUGGCAAGAAAUAAACUCUUCCCAAC